AUGUCGUCGACAACAGUGAUCACUUCAGAGCCGAAGCAAUUGCCUUCGGACAGUGAAUAUCCGUCCAUGGAUAAAGAGAAUGGCUUGGCGGCAGAGGAGACUCAACAGUAUGACAGCCAGCAGCCUUCACCACGAGAUGUGCAUGGUGUGAAGUGGGUGCUCGUGGUCAUGUCUAUCUUUUCCUGUGUCUUCCUCUUCGCCCUGGACAAUACUAUUGUAGCAGAUGUCCAGCCGGCAAUCAUCAAAGAAUUCGAUGACCUAGCAAUGCUUCCUUGGCUUUCUGUCGCUUUUAUGCUGGGUGCAGCGAGUACACUACUGAUCUGGAGUAAAGGGUACGGACUACUGAACUGCAAGUGGCUCUAUAUAAUCACCACUCUGAUCUUUGAGGUGGGCUCCGCGGUGUGUGGUGCUGCCCCGAGCAUGAAUGCUCUUAUUGUUGGACGUACGAUCUGUGGCCUUGGAGGCGCGGGUAUGUACCUAGGUGUGAUGACCAUCCUCUCCAUGCUCACUUCGCCCAAGGAACGACCAAUGUAUCUUGGAAUGGUCGGCUUGGUCUGGGGUGUAGGCACAGUCCUUGGGCCUAUUAUCGGCGGCGCUUUCACAGACAGCUCUGCCACCUGGCGCUGGGCUUUCUACAUUAAUCUCUGUAUCGGUGGUCUUUUUGCCCCAGUUUUCUUCUUUAUGAUCCCCAAUGUCGACCCGCGCCCCGGAACCCCCCUCAAGGAACGACUGGCAGAGAUUGACUGGCUAGGCCCUAUACUCUUCGUUGGCGCCUUUGUCGCAGGAAUCAUGGCCAUUGCCUUUGGUGGAGUCCUCUAUCCCUGGAGCGACAGCCGCAUUAUUGGCAUGUUUGUCGGCGCCGGUGUCAUGUUCAUUCUCUUCUUCAUCCAACAAGGAUACAUGAUAUUCACGACAUAUGGGUCGCGAAUUUUUCCCAUGCAAUACCUGAAAAACAAAGAGAUGAUCCUUCUCUUUAUCGAAACUGCCGCAGCGGGAACCUCCUCAUUCGUGCCAAUCUACUUCAUCCCCCUGUAUUUCCAAUUCGUGAAGGGUGAUGGUGCCCUCGAUGCCGGAGUCCGCCUUCUCCCCUUCAUCGUCCCAAUGGUGUUCUUCAAUCUCGCAAAUGGAGUUGGCAUGAGUGCACUAGGCUAUUACAUGCCCUGGUAUCUAGUCGGUGGAGUAUUUGUCCUUGUAAGCGGAGUUCUGCUCAAGAUCAUCACCUUGACGACCAGUGUAGGUCAGAUAUAUGGUGCUCUCGUGAUCGGCGGGAUUGGAACUGGGGUGUUCUCCCAGGCCGGCUUUUCUGUAGCGCAGUCUCUGGUUCCACCCGAGGAGAUUCCCAUGGCCGUCGGCUUCAUGACCUGUGCCCAGGUGGGAGGCUCAGCCAUCGCCCUCUCUGUUGCCAACACUCUAUUUUUGAACCGUGCAACCGUUCAGAUCAUGGACCUUUUGCCGAACCAGAGUCAAGCCAAUGUGCAGGCUAUGAUUUCAGGUGCCAAUAGUGCACUACUGGACUCACUGAGUGAAAAAUUGAGAACAAAUGUUCUGGAGGCUAUUGUCAAUUCAAUUACGGAUGCCCUCGUGCUAGAUCUGACUGCGGGAGCUAUUGCCAUUGUGGUUGCUGUUUUCUUGCGACGUACCAAGAUGAGCCAUACCCAUGGCGCUGUCGGGGGGAUAUAG